CUCGCGAGAUCUGCAGUGUACCGGAGUCAGCUCUGCCGGCGGCUCACUGGGCUACUGAAGCUGGUCUUGCUCCAGAUUUUGAGCACGUUUGGGCCCGGCCCAUUGGUGUUAAGUGUACAGAAAAAUGGAGUAUAUGACAGAACCCGUCAAGCACACACCUGGACAUAUCUUGUGCUGCGACUGUGGUGUCCCAAUUAGUCCAAAUCCUGCUAACAUUUGUGUGGCUUGUCUGCGAAGCAAAGUAGACAUCAGCCAAGGCAUUCCGAAACAAGUCUCUAUAUCUUUCUGCAAACAAUGCCAAAGGUAUUUUCAGCCACCAGGAACUUGGGUACAGUGUGCAUUAGAAUCUAGGGAUCUUCUUGCUUUGUGUUUGAAAAAAAUCAAAGCCCCUCUGAGUAAGGUACGGCUUGUAGAUGCAAGCUUUAUUUGGACUGAGCCUCAUUCUAAGAGACUUAAAGUUAAACUGACUAUUCAGAAAGAGGUGAUGAAUGGUGCCAUCCUUCAGCAAGUCUUUGUGGUGGAUUAUGUUGUUCAGCCCCAGAUGUGUGGAGAUUGCCACAGAGUGGAAGCUAAGGAUUUCUGGAAGGCCGUGGUUCAGGUCAGGCAAAAGACUUUGCACAAAAAAACUUUCUACUAUCUGGAACAGUUGAUUUUGAAGUAUGGGAUGCACCAGAAUACACUUCGUAUCAAAGAGAUUCAUGAUGGUCUGGAUUUCUAUUAUUCCUCAAAACAACAUGCUCAGAAGAUGGUAGAAUUUCUUCAGUGUACCGUCCCCACUAGAUACAAAGCCUCACAGAGACUGAUCUCUCAGGAUAUCCAUAGUAAUACGUACAAUUACAAAAGCACUUUUUCUGUGGAAAUUGUUCCAAUAUGCAAGGAUAAUGUUGUCUGUCUGUCUCCAAAACUGGCACAAAGCCUGGGAAACAUGAACCAGAUUUGUGUGUGUAUUCGAGUAACGAGUGUCAUCCACCUCAUAGAUCCAAAUACCCUACAAGUUGCAGAUAUUGAUGGGAACACCUUCUGGAGUCACCCUUUCAGUAGUUUAUGCCAUCCCAAACAGCUAGAGGAGUUUAUUGUUAUGGAAUGCAGCAUAGUCCGAGAUAUAAAACGCAAUGCAGGUGCUGGAAUGAUAUCAAAAAAGCAUACCCUCGGGGAAGUCUGGGUACAGAAAACAUCUGAAAUGAAUACAGAUAAACAGUAUUUUUGUCGCACUCAUUUGGGACAUCUUCUAAAUCCUGGAGACCUGGUGUUGGGGUUUGAUUUGGUCAACUGUAACUUAAAUGAUGAGUAUGUCAACAAAAUGAAAUCAGAUAGAGUCCCAGAUGUGGUAUUAAUCAAGAAGAGCUAUGACCGUACCAAACGUCAGCGUCGUAGGAACUGGAAACUGAAAGAGCUUGCAAGAGAUAAAGAAAACAUGGACACAGAUGAUGAAAGGCAAUACCAAGAUUUCCUUGAAGAUCUUGAAGAAGAUGAAGCAAUUAGAAAAAAUGUGAACAUUUAUAGAGAUUCAGCCAUUCCUGUGGAAAGUGACACAGACGAUGAAGGAGCACCUCGAAUUAGUCUGGCUGAGAUGCUUGAAGACCUUCACAUUUCUCAAGAUGCUACUGGUGGCGAAGGUGAAUCGAUGAUGACAUGAGAUCAUGUUGUAUAUGGUUUCCACAUCUGUAGGGUCAGGAUGUUGGACAAAAUACUUUUACUUUCUGUUCUGUCUAUGCCUUCACAGUGAGAGAAGAGAAAUUUAGUUUUAAACCUGAAUAAAUGUAACUAUUUCAGUUGCUCACUUGAAGAACUGAAAACAGUUGAUGGCUUUGAAGUUUUAGAUAAAAAAUUAUGGAGAAUGGAAUUAUUACUGAAAUUUAGGCCAUUUACAAAUAGAAGUUUAUUGGCUUGCCUUUUUUAUGAGACAUUAGUAUUUUCACAUACUGUAUAGCUGUGGGUUUAAAAGCUUGCAAGUUGUGAUUCCUUGGAGGUUACCUAAACCUUCAAACACUAAACACGCUUUUACAUUCUUUUUAUAUUGAUUGCUUUAGUGGAAGAGCAUAUGAAAAGUCUGAACUUGUAGGGUACUUUAACCUACUUUAGAUCAUUUUUAUAUCCUUGGGAUAGGAAAAUUGGGGGUUCAGUUUAUAAUUGGACAUUCAGUAGGAAGGUUACCUUUUUUAAUUUGUAAUAUUUACAUCUUCAAAAGCUGCUAAGCUGGGGAUAAUCUUACUUUUUGUUGCAGAAGAAGGUAUAUUUAAAAUACUUACAAGUUAUAUAGCAAACAGAGUGUUGAAAGGUUAAAAAAUAAUUUAUUCCUUAAUUGUUUUGGUCUGUGCCAGCAGCUUAGUGUUGUAGCUGCUUAUGUUAUAAAAAUGUCUUCCUGUCUCUACAAGGAUUUUGCUUUUAAAAUUUUGGUUUACAAAUUGAGAAGGAAUUCUGUCUUUAUAAGUUUGUUUCAUUGAACACAUCACCAUCAAAAAGGAUGUUAGAAUCCAGCAUAUGGAUGAUGAAAUAAUAUAAGUGAUCUUGCUUUAUAAAACCAUGAAUCAGAUUUAAAUAGGAAACACCUUUCAUAUCCUUGAAGGCAAGGCAUUGGUUUGGUUUUUAAAGUGUUCCGAAAAUGAAGUUUUAAGAUCCUAUUUCCAUAAGCAAGAUAACUAAGCAUGCCAGAACUGAGAGCCAACUCAUAAAUUCUAUAUAUAUCACUAAAUAAGGAAGUUGAGUAAGUGCUUAAUGGAACACUUUCCUAUUUAAGAUUUGACUCCUUAGUCCUAAAGUUAUGAAUAAAGCCUUGUUCUUUCUAAAGUGACUUCUUUUCUGUCUGCAUAUUUAAAGUUUUUACCUGUGGUCUGUCUUUAUCUCUUCUAUGUCAAGACUUUAAAAAGCAUGAAAAUAAAAACAAUCUCCCCCUUUUUUGUGUCCUUGAAGUGAUUAUGUUUGUGUCAUAUUUAAGUUUCUUGCAGUUUUCUGAGAUAGAAUUAGUGUUUCUUGCUUGUUUUGAUGUCAUGUCUUUAUGAGUAAUGAAAUCUGUUGGUUGAAAGAAGGCUGUGACAAGAUGACAGAAUACAGCUGAAAGAAAAGCUGUUAGCCAAGAGUGUGCACAGUUAUACUGCCUUGCUAAAUCUGCCAUUUUAGAGGAUAGUUCCCAGGCUUAUGGGUCCCAAAAUGCUCUUGUUGAUGUCCCAGAGUUGAUACGAUUUCGGAAAUGCUGGUAUUAAUCAGAACCACAGAAACCUGAUUUAUAACCCAGUUUAUAAAUAGGAAUAAUUUCUAAGUCAAUGUGAUUUUUUUAUAGCCAGAUCUGCAUGUCAAGCCACUAUUUUAUAGGCAGAAGGCCCUUGAUGAGCAGGGAAGCAGUCGAGUGGAGAGUUGCUUCAGUAGUUAAGAGGCUUGGCAGCAUCAGGCUAGUUCCUUGCCACAGUAGAACCCAGAAUUCAGGUUUUGUGCUGGGACACCGUUCUCUGAUCAGUUUUGAGUAAGUAUCAAGAGCUUUCCCAUGACUCUUAAUUUAUUAAAUGUGUUCAUGGUGAUUCUUACCUUUAGAUAACUUGAUCUGUUAUUUUUAGCCUGAAGGAUGUUUAUUUUAAAAAAUAAUUGAAUUUUGACAUAAUUUCAGACAAAAGUUGCAGAAUAGUACAAAGAAUUCCUGGAAACCCUUCACUCAGAUUUGCCAAAUGUAAACACAACCUUAUUUUUUUUCUUUGUCUUUUAAAUUAUGUUUUUUUUCCUGAACCAUUUAUGAGUAACGCCCUAAAUACUUGUUUUUUUCCCUCUCCAAAGCAAGAAAUUUUCUUACAUAAUCACAGUGCAGUAAUCAAAAUCAGAGAAUUAACAUUGCCACAAUAUUGUUACCUAAUCAGUGGACUACACUGAAAUUUUGUCUUUUAUCCCAUCUGUAAUAAAGUCCUUAAUCUAAGAUUGUGUUGUGUAGAGUUCUCUUACUGGACUUCUUUGAUCUGAACCUGCUCCUGAGUUUUUUUAAAGGUGUAAUUGGCAUUUUUGAGGAGUCUAAACCACUUUUUGUAGAAUGGCCUCAGUUUAGCCUUGUCUGAUAUUUCCUCAAAAUUAUGUUAAGCCCUUUUAGCAGGAUUACCCUAGAUGUAGUGGUAAAUUCUCAUUGCAUUGCAUCAGAAAAUGUAUGCUGUUGAUUAGUCCAGGUGUUUUCAGACCUUGGGUUAUUUUAAGUUGGUUUUCUAUUUGAAGGGAUUAAAAGACUUGAUCCUUUGCAGUUGUUAUUUUAACUUGAUUGUUCUUUUUAAAUUCAUUUAUAAAUGGUGAAGCAUA